AUGAAGUUCUCCAUCGCUGCAAUUUCUCUCGUUGCCCUCGGCGCAAUGGCACUUCCCGCGGCAGUUGUUCGCCGUGGCGCCAGCGCUGCUACUGUCGGCCUCAUUGGUGAGGUUGAGGGUUUCCGCGCCGACUUUUACGAUAUGAUGGGCCACAAGACCAUUGGAUACGGCCACGAUUGCGUCGCGAAGCAGGAUUGCGACAGCAUUAAGACCCCGAUUAGCGAUGCUCAGGGUGCUGAGAUCUUACAGAAGGACCUCGUCGCUUUGAGCAUACGGCGCUUGGUCAGCUUUGCCUUUAACACUGGCUGUGGUGGUCUGCAACAGGCCUGGACCGGAGCGAUGUCAAGCAAGAAUUUCGCUAGCAUCUGCGCUGGUCUUCCUAAUGCCAACACUCUCGGAGGAGUUUUAAACACCCGUCGUCAGAAGGAGAGUGCGUUAUGCUCCACGCCUACCACCGAGAAGUCUGGCUGCUAG